ACAAAACCAACACUAUAACCCAAUAAAAACAUUCAUAAAUUCUUCCCAUAAAAACCAAAAUGAAUCCAUUGAUCAUCCUCUCCAUUCUCUUCUCCAGUUUCAUCACAAUCUGCAAAGCCGACCGCGACAACCUCCAAGAUUCUUGUCCCGCAGCUCCAGGCAAACAGACAAUCUUCUUCAACGGCCUGCCGUGCAAAAACCCAGCCGACAUCAGCGCCCCAGAUUUCAAGACCUCGAAAGUCGCCCACCCCGGCGACACAGACAACUUCCUUCAAUCCUCAGUGACAAUGGUGACGGCGGCAGAGUUCCCCGGCCUCAACACUCUCGGUCUCUCCAUCGGCAGAACCGACCUCGAGGUGAGUGGCAUCGUGAUGCCCCAUUCUCACCCGAGAGCAUCGGAGAUGAUAUUUAUCAACAAAGGCCUCGUCAUUGCCGGAUUUGUGGACACCCAGAACCAGCUUUUUCAGAAGGUACUCCAUGAAGGAGACGUGUUCGUCUUCCCGAGAGGACUGCUACAUUUUUGCUUGAACGGUGGAUAUGAGUUUGCCACUGCUUAUUCGGUGCAUAACAGUCAAAAUCCAGGGGUGGUGAGUAUAAGUGAUGCGAAUUUUGAUCCUGAUCAGAAUUAUAUAAAACACCUGCUCAGGAGAAUACAGCUCUCUCUUUCUACCGAGGAGGCUAAUGGCCUUGGAAAUUUCAGUCUGGCCGGAUUUUCACGUAUUUAUAGCAAUUAAUGAUCGAUAAUUAUUUUUCCCAAAAAAUUUAAAAAAAAAAAAAGAGAGAGAAUAUUAUGUUUUAUAUAUAGACAUGUAUCUUCAUCCAAAAUAUAGUCUUACUUUCAUAUACCAUAUUAAUGCUAUGGGAACCUUUGUUUGUAGUAUUAUA